GUGGUCGUGGAAAUGAUGCCUUUUUAAUAGAGAAACUGACUUGGCUAGUUAGCGGAAGGGUUCUUUCUUGGGUUAAAAGUAGUUGCUGCUAUUAUAUCCUGAAGCGUCUGACUGUCCUGGUGGGGACAUAUGAGCACUGCCACAGGCCUGGAAUAUCCCGGGGGGUAAGAAUAGCCCAUAAUAAGAGAUGACUGCUGUUUGCUCUGCUGGUCACUGCAGUUGUCAGGAAUGUCCUGCCUCAGAGGCAAACGGCUUAGGGCCGUCUCAGCCUGGAGACAGAAAAACCCACCUCCUACUCCUGGCUCAAACCUUCGCUUUCCGUCUGCAGCUCACACCUUGAAGUCUUUGGAGUUAAAGGACAUUUAUCCAGGCAAGGAUUGUUCCACCUCCUUGGAACACAGUCCUCCAUAGUCUCCGGCAGCCUCGAGCCUGUGACAUUCUGGAAGCAUGGAAGGCGUGGACGUGCUGGGGUUUCUCAUCAUCACGUUAAACUGCAACGUGACGGUGGUGGGGAAGCUCUGGCUGGUCCUCACGCUGCUGCUGCGGAUGCUGGUGAUCGUCGUGGCGGGGCGCCCCGUCUACCAGGACGAGCAGGAGAGGUUUGUGUGCAACACGCUGCAGCCGGGGUGUGCCAACGUUUGCUACGACGUGUUCUCCCCGGUGUCCCCGCUGCGGUUCUGGCUGAUCCAGGCCGUGUGCGUCCUCCUGCCCUCCGCCGUCUUCGGCGUCUACGUCCUGCAUCGAGGAGCCGCGCUCGCCGCGCUGGGCCCCCGCCGCGGCCCCGAACCCCCGGCCCCCGCGCAGAGGCGCGGCCCCCGGCCCGGCAGGGAGCGCGGCGGGCUCCGCGUGCCCGACUGCUCGGCCGCCUACGUGGCGCACCUGCUCCUGCGGACGCUGCUGGAGGCCGCGUUCGGGGCCCUGCACUACCUGCUCUUCGGCUUCCGGGCCCCCGAGAGCUUCGCGUGCGCGCGGCCCCCGUGCUCCGGCGUGGUGGACUGCUACGUGUCGCGGCCCACGGAGAAGUCCCUGCUGAUGCUGUUCCUCUGGGCGGUCAGCGCGCUGUCCUUCCUGCUGGGCCUGGCGGACCUGGGGUGCAGCCUGCGGCGGCGGAUGCGCGGGAGGCCGGGACCCCGCGGGGAGACCCCGAGCGCCGCCCCCGGGAGGCAGAGCGGAGCCCGCGGCCACGCGGAGGAGGGUGGGCGGGAGGACGACGGGGGGCCCGCAGGGGCGGGGACGGGCGGCCCCAGGGGUCCAUCCAGGGGGCCGCGGCGCGCGGGGAUUCCGGAUGCAGGUGAGAGCGAGGUGACGUCCUCCGCCAGCGAAAAGCUGGGCCCGGAGCCCCGGGGCAGGCCCCACCGAGAGGCCGCCCAGGACCCCAGGGGCUCAGGAUCGGAGGAGCAGCCCGCAGCAGCCCCCUGCCACCUGGCCGCGCACCCCUCCUGCGGCCGCCUGCAGCCCCCCGACCCACCUGCGGGCUGCCGCGCUGCUCCCCACCUGAGGGCCAGGAAGUCUGAGUGGGUAUGAAAUAAACAGCACCCGGUGGUGCCCCAGGGCUUACGCCUGUAAUCCCAACAUUUUGGGAGGCCCAGGCAGGAGGAUCGCUUGAGUCCA